AUGCCGCAGGAGUAUACCAGUGCACCGCCGCCAGGGUACAGCAGUGUGCCGCCGCAGGAGUACACCAGUGCGCCGCCGCCAGGGUGCAGCAGUGCGCCGCCGCCGCCGGGGUACACCAGUGCACCGCCGCCGGGGUACACCAGUGCGCCGCCGCCGGGGUACACCAGUGCACCCGGAUACAUCAGUGCGCCGCCGCCGGGGUACACCAAUGCACCCGGAUACAUCAGUGCGCUGCCGCCGGGGUACACCAGUGCACCCGGAUACAUCAGUGCGCUGCCGCCGGGGUACACCAGUGCACCGCCGCCGGGGUACACCAGUGCGCCGCCGCCGGGGUACACCAGUGCACCCGGAUACAUCAGUGCGCCGCCGCCGGGGUACACCAAUGCACCCGGAUACAUCAGUGCGCUGCCGCCGGGGUACACCAGUGCACCCGGAUACAUCAGUGCGCUGCCGCCGGGGUACACCAGUGCGCCGCCGCCGGGGUACACCAGUGCACCCGGAUACAUCAGUGCGCUGCCGCGGGGUACACCAGUGCACCCGGAUACAUCAGUGCGCCGCCGCCGCCGGGGUACACCAGUGCACCGCCGCCGGGGUACACCAGUGAGCCGCCGCCGGGGUACACCAGUGCGCCGCCGCUGCCGUGGUACACCAGUGCACCCGGAUACAUCAGUGCGCUGCCGCCGGGGUACACCAGUGUGCUGCCCCCCGAGGUACACCAGUGUGCCCCCACCGCUGCCGCGUAAGACCAGUGCACCGCCGCGGUAG